CGGGUGUGUGUGUGUGUGUGUGGCUAGAGGGGUGCGGCUUUCAACACGAAAGGUGUCUAAACCGGCACCAUCGUGUACACACACACACACACACUUGCACGCUAUGUACACGGUGGUUGAAAACGUCAAAACCCCUCUGCUGCAGCAACAGAAGAAAAGGGUAGUUCGGGCGAGUAACCAAAAAAAAGGGAAAUACAAAAACCCCCGUCACUCACCAAUACACUCACGCGAGCACACACACACACAGUCGUGAGACCGGUUUUGUGGAGACGUGUUGUUUUUCCCACCUUUCCUCUUCUUCUGCUCGGUGGGCUGGUGUUGUUCUUCCCUGCCACAUACCAUCACAACAUUCACGCACACACUCAAACCACCGCUUCACGGUCCAAUGGGAAUGGGUGUCGCAUCGUAUGGUGCGACGGUGUUGGUGCGACUGGUCCGUUGCUGCGCGCGCGUCUAUGUGUGCGAGUGUGUGUGUGUGUGCGAGUAAGAAGAAGAAAGCCGCCGCCGUGGUGUGGUGUGGCUGUUCAUUCAUUUACCAGCGCACCAUUCACUCAUUCUAGAGUCGACCGGCGUGAGUGCUUUCAAGCCGAUAGAUACGCGUUGGUAGCUGACACAGGGCCUUCUACGAUCCACCCCAACAAGAAAGCAGCGGUGCUACAGUGUUUUGCAAACAAAACAUCGAACAACGCGAACGUUUAAAAUCAAAGCAGCCGCUGCAACCGCGGAGCGCAGUGUUCGGGUGGUGUUCUUAUUGAGUUUUGUGAUCUCUUCCGUGCUAGAAUUCAAAUUGUGUUGUGUAAAACAAAUAGUGUGUACUCCAGUAGUAGUGCCCGGUGUGGGUGCAAAUCAAAUCACAAAACAGUGUUUGUUUGCAGAAACAAGGCGAGAAAUAGUGUGUGAAAAGGUGUGCUAGAAUAGAAAAUGGAUCGAAAGAUUAUUGAAACGAUGUGAUUAGUGGUGGUCUUGUGUCGAGUUGUUUGUUGUCUGUCCGUGUGCCGCCUUCGAAGUAGGCCAGCAAGCCAAGUGAAUUGGUUUUUGUGAACGAAUUUUGUGCGCUGUGGUUUGAUAUUUGCGGCAACUUUGCGUAGCCGAACGGUGUUGGUGUUGGUGGUGCCCAGUGAAUUGAUUUGAUUGUGAGGAGAGUGUUUUUGUUUGCAAGCGCGCCAAGUUUACAACAACCGGUCGAACGGCGGUGAUAAAGAUAAAACCCACCCAGAGCCUCCCACCGAUUCCGGAGACAUCCGACCCCCAAAACCGACCCCCCCCCCCCCCCUGGUGUGACGGGAGAGACACGGCUGGCCGAGCGACACCCCGGUGACCCGACCCCCGACCCGAUCGAUCCUGGUGAUGUUGUAAUGAGAUACGACGGCCAAGAACUGCUCCAAUCUGACGACUUCAGUAGGCCGGCGAAGGGAAUGGCCUAUCAUCCAUUCCUGCAGCUACCGCGACCGACUGACUUCAGCGUCUCGUCGCUGUUGACCGCGGGCUCGCCGCCGUCAGCGCAAGCCCAGCAGCAGAACUCGCCGGCGGCGGCCGCCGCAGCCGCGGCCGCUAUCAACAUGGCGGCCACGGCGGCCGGCACCGCGCCGCCCGGUGCGGCCGGCGGCCCGCCGUCCUACUUCCCCGCCGCAGCCCUUGCCGCCCUGUCCGGGGGGCCGGGCGGGGCCGGACCGCCGCCCUCCCAUCUGUAUCCGGGGGCGCUGCUGCCCAAGCUGCCGCCGCACCAUCCGCACGCGCACCAUCCGCUCGGCACGGCCUACACGACGGCGGAGGACGUGGUGCUGGCGGCGGUCGCCGCCCACCAGCAUCAUCCGGCGAUGCGGCCGCUGCGGGCGAUGCAGCCCGAGGACGACGGUGUGGUGGACGACCCGAAGGUGACGCUCGAGGGCAAGGAGCUGUGGGAGAAGUUCCACAAGCUCGGCACCGAGAUGGUCAUCACCAAGAGUGGCAGGCAAAUGUUCCCGCAAAUGAAGUUUCGCGUGUCCGGGCUGGACGCAAAAGCCAAGUACAUCCUGCUGCUCGACAUUGUGGCGGCGGACGACUACCGGUAUAAGUUUCACAACAGCCGGUGGAUGGUGGCGGGCAAGGCCGACCCGGAGAUGCCCAAGCGCAUGUACAUCCAUCCGGAUUCGCCCUCGACCGGCGAACAGUGGAUGCAGAAGGUGGUCUCGUUUCACAAGCUGAAGCUUACCAACAACAUUAGUGAUAAGCACGGAUUUGUUGGCGAUGCCUCCACCGUUUGGACAAUCCUGAAUUCGAUGCACAAGUACCAGCCUAGAUUUCAUUUAGUUCGAGCGAACGAUAUACUGAAACUACCGUACUCGACGUUUCGUACCUACGUGUUUAAGGAAACCGAAUUCAUAGCCGUAACUGCAUAUCAAAAUGAAAAAAUAACGCAAUUGAAAAUAGAUAAUAAUCCUUUUGCGAAAGGAUUUCGUGAUACUGGUGCCGGUAAACGGGAAAAGAAUACGGGUUUCAGUUGCUCUGCUUUCAGGCAAUCGCUCAUGGGACAGCGAAGCUCGGACGGGGACAAGCUCAGCCCGAGCUCGGUCAGUUCCUCGCGCGGUCCAGCUGGUUUGGACCACCGAACAAAUAGCAUAUCAGCGCUGGACGACGACGACAAGCUGCUGGACGUGGUCGGCCCACCGCAAAGCCCGCUGCUCUCGCUCAGCCAGCAGAUGCACCAUCACGCGUCAGGAUGGUUCAACUUCGAGGACGUACAGCGCGCGGAGGAAGCGAUGCGCCGGCGCCUCCAGUCGGACGAGAACGAGCGGGACGGCAGCGACUCGAACUGCUCGGACAGCGUGUCAGGAAGCACAGGUGCCUUUCGUCCGACCUCGGGCAGCCCGAAGGAGUCGUCCAGCAGUGCCGGCACGUCCUACCCGUCGCCCAACAUCUCGGUCGGGCCGCCGAUCCAUCCACCGCCCCACCUGCUGCCCUAUCUCUACCCGCACGGGCUCUACCCGCCGCCCCAUCUGUCGCUGCUGCACAACCCGGCGGCGGCGGCCGCCAUGAACCCGAGCCUGCUGUUCAACGCGCAGCUCGCGCUGGCCGCCCAGCAUCCGGCCUUCUUCGGGCACUACUCGGGCCACUCGCCCACCUCGCCGCUGCACGGCCUCAAAGGCCACCGCUUCUCGCCCUACAGCCUGCCGUCCGGGCUAGGGUCGGCGUUCGAUGCGGUCACGCCCGGCUCGAACUCGGCCGGCGCCCGCAGCCUCAGCAGCAGCCCCCAUCCCCGGGCCGCCUCCAACUCGCCCCCGACCCGGCCCAUCUCCGUGUCGCCCACGCCCACCCAACAUCCGACCUCGCCGACGACGGCAGACGCGAACGCGGCCGCCAACAUGCCGCCGGGAGCGAACAGUAGCAUGGUGUCACCGUCCUCGCUACAACCACCACCACCACCCGGCGGACAGGCACCACCACCACCCUCAACCGCUUCCAUGAUGGCGCCGGGAGUAGCACCGGCGUCGCUUGGGCCGCCAGCACCACCACCCCCUGCCUCAAACUCGCCCUCCGAGCUGAAAAGCAUCGAGAAGAUGGUGAACGGGCUGGAGGUGAAGCACAACAUUAACGGCAGCACGGUGGGCAGCGUCGACAGCAAUGGUGGGAAGGCGCUACACCCAGUGCACGAUCAGUGACGUUUGGUGGGUGGCGAGUAUCUUCCCACUGCCGCCGCCGGCCUGUACGAGCGCCGCGUCCCGGUGGAGGUCGGCGGUGGCGGUGAUGGCGUAGCAGUCGGUGGUCCCGGUUUGGAUCAGGGUAUGUGACAGUUAGCAAUCGGGUCCGGCGACCCGCUCCACUAUGGGAUGUCAUAGUGUGGCACCGAGGAAUAGGAGACAGCCGAGAGAGAGAGAGAGAGAGAGAGAGAGAGAGAGAGAGAGAGAGAAAGAGAGAGAGAGCGAGUACCUUGUACAUAUAGACGUAGAAUUUUAGGCAUUUUUAGGCAGAGUAACCUCUAAAAACGCUCUCCAAGCAACCAUCCCUCGAACACAAACCUUUACAAUCUACAUCGCACCACCACCGGCAGAGUUUGUGCAAUUGGAAUCAUUUGGUUUUAUUUUUCUUACUGGAAAACUGAAGCAUGUGUCACUACACUUACCAAAGAGACCAUAACCGCUGCUAUGGCGACGGACUCGACGAUCCAGGACGCUGAGUGUGUCUAGUCCUUUUCCAGAGAAAAAUGUGAGUGAAACUUACUUACAGUCUUUUUGCCGAAAAAAAUGAAGUUACUUGAAUUU